GCCAGGAGUAGAAGCAGCAGCCACAGUAUCAGAGACUGAACAGCAGCACCCAGCAACAUGUCUGGACCACCUGCUAGCCCACCUGCUGCCCCCGGAGAAGGAGAUCCUGGAGCUCCCCAAGCCAGCAACAAGAAGCUUGAGCAUACUCAAGCACAGGUGGAUGCGGUGGUGGAUCUAGUGCGUGUGAAUGUAGAUAAGGUUAUGCUAAGAGAUCAGAAGCUGUCCGAAGUGGAUGAGCGCGCGGACGCUCUGCAGGCCGGGGCCUUGCAGUUUGAGACCAGUGCGGCAAAACUCAAGCGCAAGUACUGGUGGAAGAACCUCAAGAUGAUGAUAAUUAUGGGUGUGAUGUGUGUCAUGAUCCUCAUCAUAAUAAUUGUUUACUUCACUACCUAAAGAAAACGCGCUCUCCCCGUCUCUACUUCUUCCCCUCGCCGGAUCUCUCAUCUACCCCCAGCUGGGACCAGACAAACUUCAACAUUAAUCCCCCCUCCUGCCUCUCCCCUCAUCCUCUAACACAGGGAAGUGGGGAUCCAAUGUUGUGCAGAUGCUCCCCCUCUGUCUGGCUCCUGUUUGUAAAUACUGGACUGGAUCCCCUCUAACUUUUCCCUGUGACACUGUAAUGUUAUUACCUGCAGGGGAGACUAAAGUACACAUCAUCCCUAAUACAUACAUAAAAACCAAAGAGAAAAGUUACUUGCGCUGCACACUAUCCCAAAUCCCUAUGCACUUUAAGUAACUGGAGUUUUUUUUUUUUAGUAUCACUACAAUUGUCAUUCAAGCAUAAGCUCAUCUGCCAGGUGAAUGCAAAAUCUCUUAGGUGAGUCCCACAUUAACAAUUCACCUUGCUGCUUUUAGAUAAAAGGUAAAAGCUUUAAUGAGAGAGAGAGAGGAGUAUUUUUAAAAACCCUACACACUCAUUAACUCCUAAUAUGGAACACAUGGGGUGGGUGACGGCAUUGUAACAUGGCUGUGUACUACAAAAGCAAAUUCAAACAUACAAACUUAAGUUCUGCGCUAAAACUCCCACUACUCUUGGGAGCAAUGACUAUAGUACACAUCAGCCUUAAUACAUACAAAAAAAAACACAAAAAAAAGUUGCUUGCGCAGGGGAGGGUCAUUUACCCUGCCACUAUCUUAAAUCGGUACCUCAACUUCCUGUUUAUCUGGUGUGCCAUGUGCUAGCCUUGCAGGAGGCUCGUCAUCCGGCACAUCAUAGAAUAAGCAGUGGGCGGAAGUUGGGUAGCUUAUGAGUGUAUGGGGUCUGGGGAGGUUGACUGCAGGAUUAGCUGAGAGAACAUCACUGGAGCCACUGGCUGUGUGGGUGGGAGGUCCAGUACAAAAAUAGCAGAGGGGCUGGAUGGGAGUGCUGUUUGUGGGUAUGGGGACAAUAUUAAAGGGGCAGGAAAGGAGUGACGGUAAUGUGUAGGUGAGGGGUGUGGGAAGGAGGGCAAUGCAGGAAUAGCAGAGGGGCAAAAUGGAGUGACAGCUGUUUGUGUGUGGGUGUGUGUGUGUGUGUGUGAGAAUGUAUGUGUUUGUAUGCUAAAGGGGAGAAUCAAUAUAGUAAUAGAG